GCGUGUAGGAAGAUUGUUGAUAUAGACCAGAAGGUCUGAGCCAUAAAAAAACAGAAAAAGAUUGUUGAAUUUGAAAUUUUAUAUUACAAUGUUAGAAAAGUACUGUUGUGUAUUGAUUUAAAUUUACUUGAAAUUCAUCUCGUCUACUAAGUAAAGUAAUCCAGCACAAUGGCUAAUGCCAAUCGAUUUGCAUCGCCCACGCCUUCGACCGGGCUGCUUACACCGAGCUCGAGUGGAACAUCGACAGCACCUGCAGGACCGAUCCCUAGUGCUGCUAACAAAUGGAAGAGAAUGUUAGAGUGUGACGAAUUUGUUGGAGCCAGACGAUCCAAGCAUACGGUUGUCGCCUAUAAGGAUGCAAUCUACGUCUUCGGGGGAGACAAUGGCAAGAACAUGCUAAACGAUUUGAUUCGCUUCGGAGUAAAGGAUAAAUCCUGGGGCAGGGCAUUUUCAACGGGUACCCCUCCGGCCUCCCGAUAUCAUCAUUCGGCUGUCGUUCACGGUACAUCAAUGUUCGUGUUCGGCGGUUAUACCGGCGAUAUUCACUCGAACUCGAAUUUGACCAACAAAAACGAUCUGUUUGAGUACAACUUUCAGAACGGCCAAUGGACAGAGUGGAAAUUUGUCGGAAGAACACCAGUUCCCCGAAGUGCUCAUGGUGCCGCUGUUUUUGAAAAUAAGUUGUGGAUAUACGCGGGAUAUGAUGGAAACGCCCGCUUAAACGAUAUGUGGACUAUUCGUUUGACGGGCGAAACACACCAAUGGGAAGAAGUUCAACAAAAAGGUGAUCGCCCGCCAACUUGUUGCAACUUUCCGGUUGCUGUUGCCAGGGGUUGUAUGUACGUAUUUUCCGGUCAGAGCGGAUUACAGAUCACCAACACUUUGUUCCAGUUCAACUUUAAAGAUAACACUUGGCGUCGUAUUUCGAAUGAGCACAUCCUUCGAGGUGCUCCACCUCCUCCUGCUCGUCGCUACGGCCAUACAAUGGUUCACCAUGAUCGAUUUCUGUACGUGUUUGGUGGAGCAGCUGAUUCCACUCUUCCCAAUGAUUUGCAUUGCUAUGAUCUGGACUCGCAGGUGUGGUCCACAGUAAUUCCGGCGCCUGAGUCUCAGGUCCCAAGCGGUCGCCUUUUUCAUGCUGCAGCCGUUAUCGGAGAUGCGAUGUAUAUUUUCGGAGGCACCAUUGAUAACAACGUUCGCAGUGGAGACAUGUACCGUUUUCAGUUUUCCAGCUAUCCAAAAUGUACACUUCAGGAUGACUUUGGCAAGUUUCUCCAGAAUCGACAGUUUUGCGACGUGCAGUUUGUGGUCGGUACGGACGAGGUGAAAGUUCCGGCACACAUUGCAAUGAUAGUGGCUCGUUCACAGUUUCUGAGAUCAAAAAUUUUAGCCGCUCGUGACGCUCGAAACAUUCAUUUUGAGAAGCUUUUCGGCACCACUGAGGUUCCUUUUGCCGACCGCCCGUUGUUGGAGGUACAGCUGCCGAAUGCUCAACCGGAAGCAUUCGAAAUGGUGCUUAAUUAUAUUUAUACCGAUAGGAUUGAUUUCAAAGAUCCUUUCUGCAACAAAAUCGUACUGCUGAUGAUGGACGUUUAUCAAUUGGCUGUGCAGUUCUACAUUCCCCGUUUAGAACAGUUAUGCGUACAAUAUCUGGAAUUUAAAAUUUCAAAAACUAAUGUUCUGGACGCUUUGUACAACGCCGAUCGGAUGGGCCUAACCCUAAUCAAAGACCAUUGUCUCGGGUUUAUUACAAAAGAAGAUCACUUCUACGAUAUUGUCAUGUCAGCGGAAUUUUCCGCCCUAGAGAAACCGCUAAUAGUGGAAAUUAUUCGCAAGAGAUUGAACCCGAGCAAACAUUCGACUGAUAUGAAGUACGACAAAACGAUUGGCACUUCGCUAGAAAACGAUAUGGCUGUGUUUCUGAAGUCGGGUGGAAAGGAAUUCUGUGACAUUAACCUGGUGCUUGAGGGAAAGGUCAUUCCGUCACACAAGUCAAUUCUGGCCGCUCGUUGUACCUAUUUCCAAGCCAUGUUCAGGUCGUUUAUGCCAGCAGAUAAUACUGUGAAUAUUCAAAUCGGUGACAUUUCCCCGUCGCAGGAAGCUUUCAGCUCCCUUUUACGCUACAUUUACUACGGCGACACAAAGAUGCCCCCGGAGGACUCGUUGUAUCUUUUUCAGGCCCCCUGCUUCUACGGAUUCACGAACAAUCGACUACAGGCAUUCUGCAAGCACAACCUAGAGAACAACAUUACCUAUGACAAUGUGCUGCAGAUUCUGGAAGCGUCCGAUAAAAUGAACGUACCGGACAUAAAAAACUAUGCACUACGUAUGGUGGUGCAUAACUUUUCCCAGGUGGCGCGAUUGCCCAAGAUGCAGGAACUCACCCGGGAAUUGUUGCUGGACGUCAUUAUGGCCGUUGCCGAGACCAAAGGGGACGGUAGCAAACGGAUCAGUCACGAUUCUACAUUCAUAAGUUUGUAUAGUGACAUUUGAAGGAUCGCGUUUCUGCAGCCGAUCCUAAGUAUUCUACUAGCGUGGAUGAGGAACAACGGUGACCUUCCGUUAGCGGAUGAUAAUUUGGACAAUUUCUGAUCAUUCUGUAUAAAUGAGGCUGGUAAUUGCUUAUGGAAAAUAAAAGUCUAUACUCGACAUCCAAACCCUGCGUACAGGUAGGUUAAAUUUUAUGUUUUGACAGAUGAACAUUUGCAAGGUCGAAACCUAAACGAUGUCUGUUAGCUACGUUCUAUAUAGCUGCUGGUAAUUAAAAAAUUAAUGUGAUAUUGUUUAAAUACCUACCUAUAAUAUGGAUCUAAUUAUGCUUGUGGAUCAAGAUCGACACACAAAAAUCUGUAGGAAUAAGAUAAUUAAAAUGUUACAUUAGGUAUCAGAGUUGAGCAUUUUAUUCUAAUUUUUAUUGCGCGAAACAAUAAAUGCUGUAUUUAUGUGCAUUCAACGAAAAUAA